AUGACAGGAAGGAAUGCCGGAGUGUGCCAUAGCUGUAGGUCCAAGGGGCAUUUCUUUGCGGAUUACCCGAAUAAACGACGUUGCCCUUGGUGUAAACAUGGCUUCGUGAAGUGCUUUGAGGUCGAAAGGGAGACUAAGAACAAGGGCAAAUUGUUCAAUUGCUGCACUGCUAAGUGUAGGUACUGGGAAUGGGUGGAUAAAGCAGAGUCAAGCGGGGAAUCAUCCAAUACCGUCACUGCUAACUCAGACAAUUCUACAUUAAUCGAAGAAGAACUUCAGCAGAUAAAUCGUGCAUUCCAAUCUUGGUGUCGGGUAGUUGAAGAAAGAAACAUUGAGAUUUCAAUUAAUGUCACAAUACGCAAAGGUAAUGGAAAGGUGGAAGUGGAUAGGAAAGGGAAGGGACCGGAUUGA